GUGUGUGAGUAUGUGUGUGUGUGUGAGAAACCAGUAGCAGGUUCCCAGACACACACCCACACUCUCUCACACACACACACACACACGGUCUCCCUCGGCAGAGACAGGGGAAACCAGCUCUCCUCCCGCGGCUCUCACACACACACCAGCUCCUGUCGAGGAAACAAAGUGCAGUGGAGGCGAUGUUGAGGGAGACAUGUCCCCGCUGACGGAGACAACAACACGGAACAACUGGGACAACUGGGACAGCGGCUGGAGAGACUAACUCGGGAUCCGAGCUCCACACGUGGACACCGCGGCUGAGACACCUCGUGAAGAGCGGCUCUCGUUCCUCCCCACUCGACCUUCUCGCCACCUGCUCCACUCCUCACGAGAGAGAUGAGCGCUAAGUCGGCCAUCAACAAGGAGGUGUUCACACCCCACGACGAGAGGAUGCUCGUGGCUGUGCAGGUGAAGCGCAGGACCAAGAAGAAGAUCCCCUUCCUGGCCACUGGCGGUCAGGGAGACUACAUGACCUUCAUCUGCCUCUCAGUGACGAAUAAGAAACCUUCCCACUUAUCCAUCACUAAGGUGAAGCAGUUUCAAGGAUCCUCUGCCUUCAUAAAAAGGUCACAGUGGACAAUCGACCAGCUACGGCAGAUCAACGGCAUCGACCCCAACAAAGACUGUCCUGAGUUUGACAUGCUGUUUGAAAAUGCUUUCGACCAGUGGGUCGCCGGCUCAGCAGGAGAGAAGUGCACCUUCAUCCAGAUUCUCCACCACACCUGCCAGCGCUACUGCUCGGCACGGAAACCAGAGUUCAUCAACUGUCAGUCCAAACUGCUGGGGGGUAACAGUAUACUCCACUCAGCCGCGGACACCGUGACCAGUGCUGUGCAGAAGGCCAGCCAGGCUCUGAAUGAGCGCGGUGAGCGACUGGGUCGGACCGAGGAGAGGACCGCGGACAUGAUGAACAGUGCUGAACAGUUUUCUGUCACUGCACACAAGCUUGCCAUGAAGCACAAGUGUUAGACCACUGCCAAAUCCAACUGGGCUGGUUGGGGUUUCACAUGUCGCCAGUCGCUGUACAGAAGAAGGAUUCCAGAUUUUAUUCUUUUUAAAAAUCUUUAAUAUUAUUACUAUUUGUUAACAAUGUUAACAUUUUAAUGUUUUGGGGGGUUAUUGUGCUCUGGUGUGUCCUCUGGGGACGAUGCAUCGAUCGGAGGGCGGGACAAGACGUGUGUAAUGCUCCUUCAGACUGUCAACAGAACGCUUAAUGCUUUUAUUUUGCCCCAAAAAAAGGUUCAAACUUUAUUUGAUAACUACAGUCGUCCAAACCCCCCCCCCCCUGUUUUCAUGUGCUCAGACACUGAUUUGUGAUCACGUGCUGCCAAGUCAUUAUCGCUUCACGACGAACAAUAGCUUGUCUUGGCAGAUUAUCCAAUGUUAACAGUUAUUUAUGAGCCCAGCCGUGUUUGAGCAGUAGCUUUGUGAGCCUGAGCCUCUCAUGGAACCACAGGUGGGAUUCAGGAGUGUGUGCUGCCAUCAACACACAAAUAAAUAUAACACAACCUACCAGACAAUGGCCUGCAUUUUCUGAUCUAAUGUUUACUUUGCACCCAGAUAAUUAUUUAACACAUUCAGAGGAGCAACACGCCCGUCUGUGUCACAAAAAUCCAAAAGAGUUUGAUUUUUCACUCUUCUGGUCUUUUUUUUCUGUCAAUGAUUUCAAAUUAUAUUACAACAGUAUUCGUCAAAAUGUUUUCAAGCUUUUCACAAACUGCAGAUGAUUCUGACGACAUAAUAUAGAACAGGAUUGAAAUGUGUGGGUCUCUGUUAGACUUGUCUGCCAAACAACCAAAACAACCAAAACAACAUGGAAUACCAAUCGCCAACAUUUUUGUAAGUGUACUUGAAGAACUCAUUUUCUGAUUAAGCUUUUUACAUUAUGAUCAUUUAAGUUGAAUGAGGGGAUUUCAGUAAACCAGCUUCUGCGUUGUAAAAAGCAAAACAUGUGAUUCUUCUCGUACUAUUAUCUCAGUGUCCGUAGAGCUAAUACGUCCCAUGAACAUGGGGCGUUCUGAAAUUACUCCUGGCUGUAUUUCCACUUUAAACAUCUGUUAGUCAUCUCUUGUGCUUUUUGUAUAAUUUGGAUUGAAUAAUAUUCAUAAUAAUGAUGUUCGUACUGAUAGAUAAAGGACUAAAUAUCCCAAAUAGCAGCAGCAGCAGUGCUUAAUAGUUUAUUUUUCUGUGCCGGCUUCACACUGCCUGUACCUUUGGCUUCCUCACUGGCAAGAUAUCACCCUCAACAAUGUAUUUGAUUCUUUUUUUAUAGUUUGAAUUUUAUAAUUCAUGAUGUUACUACACACUUGACAACUUUUAUCUUGCAGAGCACUGUUGAGUUCAUAAUGAAACGUUCCAGUUGCCUAACUCUUUGUGUGCUUUUAUUCCUCUCUCUAACAAUUUGGAUGUUUAUUGUUUUAAUAAAAAAGACAUAUAAAUAUGAA